AUGGAUGUGACCAAAACCCAGCAAAUAUCAUCUCGUCCGAUCGAGAAGGUGAUAGUCCAUCCUUUAGUUCUUCUUAGCAUCGUCGACAACUACAACCGCGUCGCUAAAGACUCCCGCAAGCGCGUCGUUGGGGUCCUUCUUGGCACCUCCUUCAAAGGCACCGUUGAUGUCACCAACAGCUACGCAGGGCGAGUAUAUACAAGCUCAUAUUGGUCGACUAUUAGUACACUUGCAAAUGAGGUCACCGGGAAACUCACAGCUUUGAAGGGUUUGGAUGCUAGGUUACAAGAGAUACGCGCUUACCUUGAUCUUGUUAUUGAUGAGAAGAUUCCUUUGAAUCACGAGAUACUUUACCAUUUACAGGAUGUGUUCAACUUGCUGCCAAACCUAAAUGUGACCCAUAUUCUCCGUUAUAAUGCAGUAAAAAGAAAUGAUAUGAUGUUGGUUAUAUAUCUGUCGUCUCUCAUUCGAAGUGUAAUUGUACUCCAUAACUUGAUCAAUAAUCAGAUGCUAAACAAAGAACACGAGAAAGCCCAGCGACUGUCCAAGCUGCCAGUUGAAGCCGAAUAUCAUCUUGGGUUCCAGCCAAUGACAAUAGCUCGAGCAUGUGGUGCUACUGAAUUUCAUAGAUCCCACAUUCCUGUCCAUGACAAAGCUUCCAAUCUCAGCAGGGCUCAAACAGGAGCUAACGAACUGUUGACCAAACCCAUGCUAGGAACUGUCAAGAUUAAUAUCGAUGGGUUCUUUAUUUCUGCAACUGGCGAAGCAGCUAUAGGAGUGGUAGCGAUAAACUAUCAUGGAAUGAUUAAUUGUGGGGUAGCGAAGAAGUUGGAUGGUACGCAUACGGAUGAAUCGGUGGAGGUGGUCGGUUCCACGGAGGAUAUUCGUCUUGCAAUCGAGAAUGGGUGA